GGCCACCCUUGGUAAACCACCCAAGCAGGUGGUAAUUGUCUUGAUGACUCCUAGCCUAACUUUUCUGCCUCCCUUCGUAUGUGGUGUUCUCUCUUCCCUCCUCUUCUUCUCUCACUCAGGACUCAUUUUCUCUCCUCCAAACCUUCGUUCAGAAAAAAGCCUGAUAUCUUGCUUUUUGAAAGCUUACUGUUGAAUAUGUUGCUAACAGUAUUCUCAGAGAAGGUAGUUCAGUAGGAAGGGAGGUCUGGUAGUGCCCCAGAGAGAGAUGAAAUGAGCUGAGGCCCCAAAAAGGCCACCUGGGUUUGGGGACUAGGAACUUAUUGAUGACUUUGGUGAGAAAGGUCUCAGAGGUUGAUGGGAACAGAAAGAGUCUGUGAGUUGUGGAGUGAGGGAGCGGUGGGGAGGAGCAGAGACAUGCACGGCAGAGUCUCUCAAGGAGAUGGUGUGAAGGGAAAGGGACAAUUAGGAUGGCACCUGGAGAAAGGAUGUGGGCUGAAGGGACAAGAGCUGGGUGAUAUGAUUACAUACAGAGGGGAGGAGAAGGAAAGACAAGUGAGAGAGGGGACCCCCAAACACCAGGUUGUGAGAAGACCAGAGGGAUGGAGUACAGGAGAGGGUGAGCCCCAGAGAAGGGGGCGUGGUCUCCUCCCCUGAAGAGGAAAUGACCUGCGAGAAGCAGAGAAUGGACGAGUCUAGUGGCAGAAAAUCUGGGAACACCGUCUAAUAGAGCCUGUGGGCCCGGCUGAGAGUGAGGAAGGCGGACAAGGGGCUGGAGGUUGAGAGAGAGACUCCCUAACAGUUCCUGUGGAGAAUGGGGGACUCAAGGGGAACAGAGGCUCCCCAGGCCACGCUGAGGUCCACCUCACCCUGGAGACCUUGACUUACCCUGGUGUCAGUUCAUAUGCAAUUCAACACUGAAGGUGGGAUUCUAGACAGACAGUGUGCUUUCAAAAGGCUAGGGAAUCUCCCCCUGUCCUCCCAAGAUUAUUCCAAAUCUGCUGCAUAACACCUAAAAUACUUUAAACUGGUGGUAGUUUUUAAUCAUUUUUAUUUACUAUUAUAAUUAGCUGCCUACCCCCGGGGUCAUUUUACAUCAGAUGUUCAGUAGAGCUGUACCUUUUCCCUUAAUCCUCUCCCAACCCGCCCUCCCCAUCCUGACCCCUACUUUUCCAGUGGGAGGUCUAAGGUCCUGAGAGAAAUUCCUGAGCAUUUCCCAAGCUCCGCGUACUAACUCACUCCAUUGUCUUGAGUUUAGCCUCAAGCUGCCACCAGCAGGCUCUCCCUUGGAUGAACCCUGCUGGCGGGGUCCUGCCAUCCCCCCAGCUGCCUCUGGCCCAUUGCAGUCCCUGCCAGCCACAGAGUAAAGGGAUACCAGGCCUCUGGGGUGACGUGAUGCACUGACUGAUACCCAUCUUCUCUCCUUAGACUGAAAAUGGUGUUUGGUCUGUGGAGCCAGAGAGAGAGGCUCUAUAGUCUCCUCUACAUGAUACAGAUCUUCAUUCUUACAGGCGUGGUGCACUACUGUUUUCAGGGGCCUUUUGGGAAAACAGCCCCUGCCCACGAGCUCGCUGUGGAGUCAGCACAGCCCAUCGGGGAGACCUUAAGGCCAGUGUGGGGGCCGAUGGAUAAGUGCUACCCCGUGACCGCUCAGAGACGCAGAGUCAGGAGUGGGAAGAAGCACGACUCUGAGGCCAUGGGAGCACCAAACGAUGCUGCCCCCAAGGAGGAGACUGCUGUCUUGUCUAGGGAGGAGGGGCAGGUGGGGCCCCCGGGGGAGGAACCAGCCAGCCUCAUUCCUGGUGCGAAGGGGGUGACUGAGAAGGAAGAGGUAGCAAGGACCUCAGGAUGGCAGGAGAAUAACAAGGCCCGAAAGGAGAUGGCCGUGUACGUUUCUGAGGCUUCCGAGGAGGACGUCAUGAAGGAAAGGCCCGGGGACUGGGUCCCCCAGCUCUUGAGGAAGCUUUGGCUGGGAUGGUUCCCCGCCUUUGACAUCCCCAAGACUCAGAGCCACGAGUGACACUGCGUCCAAUAAAUCCAUACUUGUUGCUUCUGCA